AUGCGGAUACUUUUUCUAUUUUUUUGCACUUUCAAAAGCGCUGUUCUUCCUAACAUUCUUCAAGUCGGUCUUCUGGCAGCUGAUACAAAUAAUACUGAGCUCGGAUCGGUUAGUUUUCAAAAUUAGUUUAUUGAUAGAAUUAAUAAUUUUAAAGUUCAUCGGAUGGGGAAAUGUUGCUGGUUCUUUGGGUGUUGCAUGGAAUCGUAUUCAAGAAUAUCAACUUUUACCAACCUACGAAACUAUGAAGUAAGAUACUUUUGAAAUGAAUGAAUUUGAAAUAUAUUUUCAAGUAAAACAAUUGUUACUUCAAAAUCUAUUUUAAACUUAUUCAAAUCAAUAAAACAUUUUAGCUUAACAUGGGUGCUUGGAAAUUGUCAAGAAGAUGCAUCAGCUGGAUCAAUUAUAAAUUAUGCCGAAGGAAAAGCUAACGUUGUCUUAGGACCAGCAUGUACAAGACGUUAGUGUUUUAGAAAGAGAAACAUUUGAAUGUAAAUCUAACCUCUCUCGUAUUUUCAGCUGCUUUGGUUGGAGGCUCGGUUGCCAAAUAUCUGAAUUUUCCCAUCAUAUUAUGGGGUCCACCAUUCGAUUCAUCUUUAUUAGACCAAUAUGAAUAUCCAACUGUUGCAUCCACCACUUUCAGCACUUUAUAGUUUGUUCAUUUCGAAAAACUAGAUUUGAAAAAAUUAAAACAUUUUCAGCCAAGCGAAAUCUCUAAUGAGAUUGUUAACUUAUUUUCAAUGGACAGAAAUCGCAAUGAUCUACUAUGUAGCAAGAUCAGAUCUUAUUCCACGAUGUUCUCCUUUGAUUACUGAUUUUGAAUCUUUGGCAAAUGACAAUGAUAACAUAACUAUAACUUAUAGAAGACAAAUGAGUGUUAUAACGAAUACAAGUUUUGCGACUGCUUUAAAAAAUGUUAAAGAUUUAGCAAGAAGUUGGUGAAAUAAUAAGAUUAUAUUUUUAAACGUUGUAAUUUUUCAGUUGUGAUAGUUUGCCUAGAAAGUGAUGAGGCAAGAAGAAAUUUGAUGAUUUCAAUAGCUGAACAAGGAAUGGAUACAAAUGAAUAUGUUUAUUUGAUGGUUGAAUCUCGUCGAUCUGGUUUCACUUCAAAAUUUUGGAAUGGUACAGAUGGAAAAAAUGAUUUGGCACUUCGAGGUGCUAGGAAAUUUUUAUUGAUGGAUACUCAGAAAUAUAAUGAUACUACGGCUUUUUCACAAGAAGUUAUAACAGCUUUCGCCAAUUCUCCAUUCAACUGCCCAAGUUGCAAUGAUAUAGGUAUUUGAUGAACAAAUCAAUUUUUUUUAGGGUUGGAAAAACAGUGUAUUUGCGUACACGGAUACACGCGCAGCCAAAUACACGAAUACACGGUACACGAAUACACGCGAUACACGAAUACACGGAUACACGAAUACACGCAAUACACGAAUACACUGUACACGAAUACACGGUUUUCUUCUCUUCUCAAGCAAUUUAUAAAAAAGCGUGUAUUCGUGUAUUCGUGUAUUCGUGUAUCCGUGUAUUCGUGUAUCCGUGUAUUCGUGUAUCGCGUGUAUUCGUGUACCGUGUAUUCGUGUACUGCGUGUAUUCGUGUACCGUGUAUCGAGCGCGUGUAUCCGUGUAUUUUUUUCCAACCCUAAUUUUUUUACUUUUUUUAAAUUCACAGAUCCCGUAUCUUCACAAGUUGGCCAACUCGGAGAUGCUCUUCUACUUUAUGCUUACGCAUUAAAUCGUUCAAUGGCUGCCGGAAAACCAACACCAACUGGAACAGAACUCUGUGAUUAUGCAAGAGGAUUGAAUUUUAAAGGAUUCACCGGAACAGUUACUAUCAAUGAUAACUCAACCCGAAUACCGUUGUUUAUUGUUUAUAAUUUGGAUGAUACUGACGCCGAAUUCUCUAUCAUGCAAAUUUCCGAAACUCUCGAUGAUGACACGGAUCCGGUAAAAUAAUUAUAAAGAAAAAAUGAAAGAAUAAUUCGUUUCACAGAUAAAAGUGCUGGUUACCGCUUCAAGAAUUUGGCAAACUUGGGGUGGAUCAAUUCCAUUAAGUACACCACUUUGCGGGUUUACCGGGUUAGCUAUUUCAAAAAAAAUGUUUAGAGCAAAAUACUUUUUUUAAGCGACGACUGUCCAAAAUCGUGGACUGAACAAUAUUUGGCAAUAGUUUUGGGUAGUUCUGCAGCUGGUGUUGUUCUUGUGAUUGCAAUUGUUGCUUCCAUCGUGUUUCUAAUUCGAACAAAACGAGCAGAAGAGGAAAGACUCAAUCAAUUGUGGCAGGUUCAUUAUGCAUCUUUGAACAAACCUCCGCAGAAAAAUAUGCAAAGUUCAAGAAGUUUGCAAAGUACAGUGACGACAAGUACAAAAGUUACAAUCAAUUCAAAAAAGGAUACCGAAAGACAUGCUUUUUACUUCCUCGGAACAGAUUCUGUUGUUGCUAGAAAACACAAUUUCCGUGCAAACUUCACAAAAUUAGACAGAGCUCUGUUCAGAAAGGUGAAUAUUGUUCAAAAAUUCAAAAAAAUUUCGUCAAUUCCAGAUGCGAAACGUUGAUCAUGACAACAUUUGCAAAUUCAUUGGGUUAUCGUUAGAUUCGCCAGUUCUUAUAUCAAUUUGGAGAUAUUGUUCAAGAGGUUCAUUAUCAGAUGUUAUAAUGAAAGGAGGUCUCCAAAUGGAUUGGUUUUUCAAAUAUUCUUUGAUGAGAGAUGUCUCCGAAGGUCUUUAUUAUCUUCAUCAUUCACCAAUUGGACCACAUGGUUGGUUGAGUUCUUCAACAUGUUUGGUUGAUGAACGUUGGCAAGUAAAAAUAACAUUCCAUGGGUUAAAUGCAAUUAAAAAUUUCGAAGUCAAAGAAUUGAAAGAUAUGUUGCACACAGCUCCAGAGCAUAUUAGAAAUCCUGCCUUGGACCCAACGAAAGAAGGUGAUAUUUAUGGAUUUGCAAUAAUUUGUAGUGAACUUAUCACAAAGAAAAGUCCAUGGGAUUUGGAAAAUGAAAACUAUGACAUUGAAGAACUAAUUUAUAAAAUUAAAAAAGGCGGAAGAAAUCCAGUUCGGCCAUCUUUGGAUACAGAAGAAGAACAUAAUGGGAGUAUGUCUUUGUUAGUUCGAGAUUGUUGGAAUGAAAAUCCAGAACAAAGACCAACAAGUGAACAAAUCAAAACUCUUAUGAAAAGUAUGAAUCAUAAUCGUUCUUCAAAUUUGAUGGAUCACGUGUUUAAUGUUCUAGAACAAUAUGCCUCAAAUUUAGAAGAAGAGGUCAGUUCCAUCCGAUCUAAAAUUCAUGAGUUCAGUAAAUAUCUUUAGGUUCAAGCUCGUAUGAAAGAACUGACAGAGGAGAAAAAAAGAAGUGAUAUUUUACUGUAUCGAAUGCUCCCAAAACAAGUUGCUGAAAAAUUGAAACUGGGUCAAUCUGUCGAGCCGGAAACAUUUGAUUGUGUUACGAUUUUCUUCUCCGAUGUUGUAUCUUUCACAACUUUAGCUAGUCGAUGUACACCUCUUCAAGUUGUCAACUUGUUGAAUGAUCUUUACACAACUUUUGAUGCAAUCAUCGAUAAUCACGAUGUUUACAAAGUUGAAACAAUUGGUGAUGGUUAUCUGUGUGUUUCUGGUUUACCACAUCGAAAUGGAAAUGAGCAUGCAAAAGAAAUCGCAGAAAUGUCAUUCUCACUUCUUCGGGCUAUCAAAACUUUCAGAGUUCCACAUUUACCAAAAGAACGAAUCAAUAUUCGAGUUGGUCUACAUACUGGGCCAGUUGUAACUGGUGUUGUCGGUAUGACAAUGCCACGUUAUUGUUUGUUCGGUGAUUCAGUUAAUACGGCAAGUCGAAUGGAAAGCAAUGGAAAGCGUGGGUUUAUUCAAUUAGUUUUAAACGAUUAAAGAGCCUGAUAUUUUCAGCUGGUCGGGUUCAUAUAUCAACUGAAGCAAUGCUAUUUUUAACCGAAACAAUUGGCGGAUAUCAGACUGAGCCACGUGGAGAAGUUAUUGUCAAAGGAAAAGGCGCUGUCCAGACUCAUUGGUUAUUAACCGAAGAAGAAAUUGACGCAAAAAACAACAUAUAA